UACGGGGGAGUGAGAAGGAACAGCGCCAGGUACUUUCGUUGGUGUGUUGGUGAAACACUGUGCGGACAGGUGGGAAGUGUUUCCAGCAAUAUACGGAUAUGUUUCACCUGGAGUAUCCACAAUUCCGUGGAUUUUUUACCUGGGACGAAUUAGGAUGUUUAGCAAGAGGAUUAGGGUUUCCAAUUGAACUGUUCAAAGAUAACCUGGCUGAUGAGAUUGAGCAGGAGGAGCAUGGCCUCUGUAUGAAGGAAGUCUAUAAAAUGCUGGAUAAUCGACUUUUGGAGCGAGCUGUUCACCGAACCCAGAACCUCCACACGGCAGAGUGGAACAUGAAUGCCAUUCGCAAGGCUGUAUCCCUCCUUGACCACCGAGCUAUUUCGUUUGAAGAGUUGUAUAAUACACGGGUAGCCUACCAGGCUUACGAGGGAUUUGAUAUGAUGGGACUACAUAUAGAGAAGCAGACACUGCUCAACACACUCAAGAUGUGUCGUCGAAGCAUUGCUCCCAUGAAACUUGUUAACAGAGUGAAGCACAUGUCCAACCAACUGGAGGAGAAAGGUCGCAUCCAACUGUAUGAGUUCCUGGACCUGGUCUUGUGGUGUGGCAGUUAUGAAAACUUCUCCCCUGAAGAUAUUGCCUGCCCAGCUGGGAAAGAAAGAGAUCUCUUCAAG